AUGCCCUACACUUUCAGAACGGACAUUGGAUCAAGUCAUUAUCACGAUGACAAGGCCAGCCACCAGCUUGGCGCUACGAUCUGCGCGUAUCAGACAAGACAAUGGGACGCAAAAUACCAUGACCUGAUUUCUCAUAACCUCAGGCCCCUCAUGGUCUUACCAGCCACUAGGUCAGCGCAGACAGAGGCAAUGUGUUUCUUCGAGUACAUUUCGAUCAAACAUCUGAAUGAAUAUCGUCCCAACGAAACAUGGCGCAAGAUCCUCAUGUUCUUCUCCCAAACAGUGCCAUCAGUGCGAUAUGCCGCCGUUGCAUUGGCCUUGGUCAACCGAAGCUACCUAGAUCGCGAUUCUGGCGACCAUGCACAACAACCGUCAUCUUCAAAAGACUGGCUACCGAGCAAAGAUGCCUUGUUUCACUAUAAUCGGGCCAUUCAGCUUCUUCUGAACCAAGACUUUGAUGACAGCGUCGAGACAACAGCAAUUACGCUCUUGGUCUGUUAUCUCUUCACAUGUUUUGAUCAUCUGGCGGGCAACUACGUACAAGCAACGAGGCACCUACGCGGAGGCGUUGAGCUCUCACGCAACAUCGACACGGGUAUCCUGAACAAUAAUACAUAUGGCGAUACCAAAUUCUCGGCAGUUUGCACGCUCAUUUGCCAAGUUACCAGACAGAUCCGCCGUCUCGAUAUGCAGGCCGCGACAUUUCUAGUCGAUUGGAUUCCCAUCAAUGUUCAAGAGACACCUAUGCCGGAUUCCCUGUCUUCCAGCAACGCUUUUCGGUCCCUUGACCAAGCGGCCGACCACCUCCAGGUCCUUAUCGCUCGUGUAAUGGGAUUGCGCAAUACGGAGCAGCAAAUGUACCUCAUGGGUGGGAUGUCGUCACCACCACCGUCGCCAAUCAAGGAUUAUAUUCUCAACGAGUUGGAAACGUGGUCAAGCCUCUUUGAGAACAUGCCGCAAAAAGGCGACUCCUAUGAGAGUGACCCUGAAACCUACCCCCUCAUAUCACUACUGCGCCUACAACAUCUCAUCAUAUGGACUUUCCUCAGUAGUUACGGGGCUGGCAGGGAAAUGGAAUAUGACAACUACCUGCCCCAGUUCCAGCAAUGUGUGGCGUUGGCGGACGUUGUAGUAGCAGCGCAUGAGCGGUAUUCAGGAUCUAUAAAGCCGACGUUUACGCCAGAGAUUGGUGUUGUUCCCGUGCUUUACAUAAUUGGAAUCAAGUGCAGGCAUCCUGUGGUCCGACGCGAAGUUUUGAGCAUCUUACGGCGGCGACCGAUACGAGAAGCGAUUUGGGAUAGCAUCUCUGCUGCUAGGGUGGUUGAACGGGUCAUCGAGAUUGAAGAGGGUGGAUCUGAGAAGAAGGGAAUGAUACAGAGCAUGGAACAAAUCGCCGUGCGGCAGAGAGUUGAGGCUUUGUCUUGGAUCCAAGUCCUCUGUGAGUCUGCAGCCAGGGUGGAUAUCACGUAUACGUUUUGCACACAGGAGGGAGUGCAUAAUGAGUCUCUUAUGGUACAACAUCUAAUGUAG